UUUUUUAUUUUAAAAGACAUUUUUUUUUUAAAAGGAUCACGUGCCCUGAUCCAUCUGUUCUACAGAGGGGAGAAAGGCAGGUAGACCCUUCUUAUUCCUGGCCAUGGGAUCCCAGCAGCAACCUUAUGCUGAUACAGCUCCAAUUUUGACCCAGGCGGAUGAUACUGAAGGCGAAGAAAAAGAUGAUCUUAAGCCAGGGCAUAUAGGCGAAGAAGAAGUGCAGGCCCUGACAGGAAUAUCCUCUAAACAUGCAGGCCUUAUUGUGGGGGUACUCUUUUUUAUUAAUCUACUGAACUACAUGGAUCGCUUCACUGUGGCUGGUGUUCUUCCUGACAUUGAGAAGUUUUUUGAGAUUGAUGACAGCAAAUCAGGUUUGCUACAGACAGUUUUUAUUAGCAGCUACAUGGUACUGGCACCAAUUUUUGGUUACCUGGGUGAUCGCUACAAUCGCAAAUACCUGAUGUGUAUAGGAAUCUUCUUCUGGUCUAUUGUGACUCUAGGGAGCAGCUACAUCCCCAAGCAGUUCUUCUGGAUGUUGCUACUUACCCGAGGCCUAGUAGGUGUGGGAGAGGCUAGCUAUUCCACUAUUGCCCCCACCAUUAUUGCUGAUCUGUACUUGGGUGACCGGAGAUCCCGCAUGCUUAGCAUCUUCUACUUUGCUAUACCUGUAGGCAGUGGACUGGGCUAUAUUGUGGGAUCAAAGGUGAAAGAUGUGGCUGAUGACUGGCAUUGGGCCUUGCGGGUGACUCCAGGUUUGGGGGCAUUAGCUUUGCUAUUAUUGAUAACUGUGGUGCGUGAACCACCUCGAGGAGCUGUGGAGACCCGCACUGAUGCCCCGCUUCAAUACACUUCAUGGGCAGCUGAUUUGCGGGCCCUGAGCCACAACCGUAGCUUUGUGCUGUCAUCACUAGGGUUCACAGCUGUGGCAUUUGUAACAGGCUCCCUAGCGUUGUGGACACCUGCAUUCCUGUACCGCUCACGGUUGGCCACCAGAAGCCUCCCGCCUUGCCCUGCAGGGGAUGUUUGUCAUGGAGAUUCGGACAGCCUCAUCUUUGGUAUCAUCACUUGCGUGACUGGCGUCCUGGGCGUUACUGCUGGGGUGGAGAUUUCAAGGCGCUGGCAUCGCAUCAAUCCCCGUGCUGACCCGCUGGUGUGUGCCAUUGGGUUGCUUGGCUCUGCCCCCUUCCUGUUCCUGGCCGUCGUCUUUGCUCAGCAAAGCAUCGUUGCUACUUAUGUAUUUAUUUUUAUUGGUGAGACCCUCCUUUCCCUUAACUGGGCCAUAGUGGCAGACAUCCUUCUGUAUGUUGUCAUCCCCACUCGCCGAUCCACAGCUGAGGCUUUCCAGAUUCUGCUGUCCCAUCUCCUGGGUGAUGCUGGGAGCCCUUAUCUUAUUGGUCUGAUUAGUGACCGAAUCCAGCGCGAUCGCCCCUCUACGUUGCUGUCACAGUUCCGAAGCCUUGAGUACGCACUCAUGGUCUGUGCCUUUGUGGGUGUUAUCGGUGGUGGGUUCUUCCUAGCUACAGCUUGUUUCAUCCAGGCAGAUCGUAAACGUGCCGAGCUGUAUGCACAAGGACAGCUGCAUGGGUCUUUGGAACAGGAGGAUCGCAUUGUGGUUCCUCAGCGUGGGCGAUCAACAAAAGUUCCUGUCUCCAGUGUCCUUAUCUGAAGCCUCUACUCCAUCCUGCUUCAGUUUUAGAAACAUGAACAGAUUUAUACUCAGCAAUUGAGGAGAGAGGGAAAGACUCUCUAAAG